GGCGAACGGCGCGUUGUUAACCUCUGUUGGUGCGGCGAAGGCGGAGCUCUUAGCGAGCCCUCCGAGUGCCGCCUCAGCCGGCCGGUGGAGCCGUGCAAAGAGCGCUUAAAAGCACUGGUUAGGUAUCAACCCUUACAGUGAAUCCAGGCGCGCUGGGAGGGGGCGGCUAAUAGCGGCGACCAUGCUAAGCUAAAGUUUGGAGAGGGCGGAAGUUCAUUAUUAUAAAAGAAAAAAGAAUCAGUUCCAGAAUUUCUCACUAUAAACGACGGAUUUACCUCCCCAAUUAUAGGGAACUGAAGUAAUUCUGGACGGCCGAAGCGCGUAAUGCGAAUGCUAACCAGGACCCCGGGAAGCUGGCAAUGGCCGACGCGGAGCUCGCCGUGUCAGUGGGGGACGUGGUGAUGGUGAAGGGUGAAGACGGCAAGCCCAAGACUCAGGUCAUUCUGCAGCUUCAGCCAAUCGCGCAAGGGAUGUGUGAGGACUCCUCUGAAACAGAAACGGCUGUUGUGGCAGUAGAUACUCACCAAGACGAUGUCCCUGCAGAAGGGGAAGUGGAGUACGGAUACCCCAUAACCUGUGGGGACAGCAAGGCCAUCCUGCUGUUUAAGAAGUUUGUCUGUCCAGGAAUCAAUGUUAAGUGUGUCAAGUACAAUGACCAGCUGAUCAGCCCCAAGCAGUUUGUGCACUUGGCUGGAAAAGCCACCCUUAAGGACUGGAAGAGGGCCAUCCGGCUUGGGGGCGUCAUGCUCAGAAAGAUGAUGGACUCCGGCCAGAUUGACUUUUACCAGCAUGAUACCGUUUGCACCAACACCUGCCGCAGCACUAAGUUUGACCUGCUGAUCAACAACACUCGCUUCCCCCCCCAGGGCAGUGCCCUGCCCACCUCCACCUCUCCUCAAGGGAACGGAAGCCAGGUGGCUGCAGCAGAGGAGAGGCAAGAGGAGAUAAGUGCUGCCAGUGUGGAGUGGAGCCCCUCUGUGGCCGGCGUUGUUACUGCAGUGGCUGAUGUCGAGGGCAAGAAAGAUGCUGAGGAGAUCUCUGAGGAGACGCUGAACUUCUGGAAGGGCAUUGCGGACGUGGGACUGAUGGGAGAGGUGGUGUCCAACAUCCGCACAGAGCUGCUGGCCCUGCUGCGGGGCGUGCAGCUGCGGAGCGGACAGGCUGCGUUGCAGGAGCCCGAUGCUGCCGUGCUCCACAGCCUGGCCCAGAUGUUUGGGCUGCUGGACUGCGUGAAGCGAGCCCUGCAGAACCGGAGGAGCCAGGCAGGCCAGAACCAGGAGAUACUCCACAGCACAUUAGUGGAACUGGAGCGCCAGCUGGAGGAGCAGAAGAAGCAGGCGCAGGACUGGCGGCCCCGGGCCCAGCCCAGCGUAGCCCUUGUGCCGCUCGCUGGCUCCUCCAAGCCCCCGGCUCCCAAACGGCCCCGGCUGCAGCGGCCUGCCUCCACCAGCGUGCUCAGCAUGUCCCCUAGCCAGCAGCAGGUGCACCAGAUUACCGUGCUCUCCCCCAUCACCAUGACCUCUGCAGGCCAGUCAUUCAGCAUCGCUGGGCUGCCUGUGACUACACUGGGCCAGCUUCCCGCCGGCACGCAGCUCGUCACCCGCUAUGCCACAGGUGCAGGGCACACCAAGGCGGACUCCGUUACCCUUCACCCCUCCUCCAGCCUGACGCUACUCAGUGCCGCUGCCGUGGCCAACCAGGGCCAGCUUGGGCCUGUGGAGAUCGUGCACCUGGCUCAGGAGGCAGAGGCGGGCAAUGCUGAGGGCCAGCAGGGCGGGCCUGUCGAUGGGGAGAUGAUGGGGGGUGCUCUUCUGGUGCAGGAGGGUGUUGGGGGAGAGGAGGAGGCACAAGCACACACCACUGUCAUUGAGAUCGACCCAGCGCCAAGCGACCACGCCACGGGGGUGGUGGGUUUGCGGCUGGGUGGUGAGGAUACUGUGGUAGUCCAGGCCGAGAUGGAGGUGGUAGAUGGGGCUGAGGCAGAGGAGGAAGGUGGAGUGGUACUGCAGGGUGGGAUCGAGAUCGUGGGUGGGACUGAGGGCAAUGAAGAGGGUGGGGUUGUGCUGCAGGAUGGAAUUGAGAUGGUGGGUGGGGUAAAAGGUGAGGAAGAGGGCGGGGUGGUGCUGCAGGGCGGGAUGGAAGUGGUGGGUGGAGCCGAGAUCGAUGAAGAAGGCGAGAUGGUGCUGCACGGAGGAAUGGCGAUGGUUGGUGCGACGGAAACGGAUGCCGGGCUGGUCAUGCACGCAGAGAUGGAAGAGCUGGACCACCAGGAGCAGCUGCACAGCGUGGAGAUCGUGGUCAUUGAGGAUGAGGUGGCCAAGUGAGACGGCUGGAACGCCGCUGAGACUGUGGAGGACGGGCAGCCGGGAGAGCGGUGACGCUGUGGGACGAUGAUGGCCACCGCUGGGUCGGCGAGAGAGCAGGGCCGCAAGAGGGCGUAGCAUGGAUGUAGCAUGGCUGCUUUUUUCUUGUUUUUACUGAACCAUGAGAAGUCCAUUUUAUUUCAGUGAACAAAUUUGUUUUUCCGUUAGUUGUAUCUCAGUUUUCAUUUACCAUAAUUAAUCUGUACUAACAGUAUUUUUUUUGUUGUCCUUUCCACCUUUUAAGAUUACUUUCUGCCAGCCUGACACACUUAACUUUUUUGCCUGAAAUGAUAAUAAAGCAAAUUGGUCCUGUAACACAAACUGUAACACACCACCUGGGGUGGUUCAAGAGGGUCCCGUGACAAGUUGACCCUUGCCUGUUGUUGUUUUUUUCUAGUGGAAUAGGGAGUGUUCCAGAAUGUUCUACAGAACUGAGCAGCACCUUUCCUAUCAUAGUGAGGCUUUGUGAGGAUUGUGGGCUCCCGUUUGUGUGACACGGAAGUCCCCAGCGCAGAUGAGCCAGCACUCUGUCAGCACGUUAGAACACACCCAUCAUCUCCGUCUGUUACAUCUCGUUAAGGGUGCCAGCGAGAGAACAGACUGACUGUUAAAUAAGUCUGCUGGUUUCUAGGGAUGUAUUGGCUCGUUUUUAAUCAGUUAUCAUGCUGGUGAUAUUUUUUCUAUUCAGUGAGGCAGUUUUUUUUUUUUUAAUCAAAAUGAGAUUACUUUUCUCUGCCCUGUGCUUUGUGUUAUCUAUAACUCUGAACAGGGAAAAGAAGCUGGUCGUUUUAAUUUUGUGGACAUGUAAUGCAUAUUUCAGUCAGAUGUCAUGUUUAGUUUUUCAUUCUGUAGACUUUCAUUUUCCAAAUUUCCAUACUGCAGAAUACCAACAUCCGUCCUGUGUUUGAUUUUUAAACAUUUACAAGGUUUGAUAAGAAUCCUGUUUAAAAACUGUGAUCUUACACACUUUACAGCUAAAAGCCAUGUUAGAUUGACUCUGCCAGUUAAAGACAAGGAAUGAUAUAUUGGAUAUCAGGGCCCUGGAACCCCUAACUCCAGCUGACUGUGGUUUGCUAGUCUGUCUCUUAUGAAAGCUUCUGGUUUGUAAGUCAUAUGAUAUGUGGGAGGUUGUGAUUGGCUUUUGAAAGCUCUCAUUGUUUUGCUAGAGACUUAUCUGCAUGGUGCAUUUAAAAAAAUGCAACCCAGCCAAGUUUUUGACUUUUGAAUGCUGGGAAUAAUGCGAGGCAAAAUACUUUGCUCUUUUCUUCCCUUGAUUUUUCUGGAAAAAAAAUGUCAGACACCAACCUGUUAGUUUUCAGUCGCCAUAUUUGGUUUAAGCUUACUGUGAAUGUGCAGGAGAGCGUUGAUAUGGUGAUGAGCUUCAGGCGUUGAGUUGUUUGUGAAAAGCUUCUUUUGUGCCAAGUCUUGUUGCAGGGCAGAGCUGUUGGACCUUUGAACGGUACUUUGCGCACUGCUCUUGACAGUUUAAUAAGUUUAUCAUGUUUCAGGCAUAUACGCCAAACAUAAUCCAUUAAAUGCUGCAGGUCAGCUUGCAGGGCACUACAAGGUCAAUUUAAUUAGCUGAAAAUGAGGCUUCCCGUUCACCCUUCCCCUUCAAACAACAAAGGUAUUGCUGGCUUUUGUACCGAAACACUGCAGCAACAGUUUUCACGGGAGAGCAGGGGACACUGUUUGAAGGGCAGUGAGCCCGGAAAGAGAAAGUUUGUAAAGCCCAAUUAAAAUUAGAGUAUAAUCUUC